AUUUCUGGUCGCCCGUGGAUCCGGAGGAGGUACCGGACUACUACAGCGUCAUCUCCCACCCGAUGGAUCUGGAGACGAUGCGCUGCAAGGUGGACGCGGAGGAGUACGAGACCCGUGACGAGUUUCGACGGGACGUGGUUCUCAUCCGGGCCAAUGCCCGCCGGUACAACCCGUGUGGG